UCAGGAGCCCUGAGGGCUCGGGAACCCCCGGGAACCCCGAAAAACCUCCCGGAACGCCGAAAAAACCUCCCGGGAACCUCCGGAACCUUCCGGGGCCACCCCGGGACCCUCCCGAACCUCCCCUCAGGAGCCUCCGGGAGCCUCCGAGGCCUCCCGGAUCCCCUCAGGACCCUCCGGGACCUCCCCGGGACCUCCUCAGGAACCCCCGGGAUCCCCUCAGGAACCCCCGGGACCCUCCGGGAUCCCUGAGGCCCCUCCGAGACCCCCUCAGGAACCUCCGGGACCCUCCCGAACCUCCCCGGGACCCCGUCAGGAACCUCCGGGACCCCCUCAGGAGCCGCCAGGACCCUCCCGAACCUUCCCGGGACCGCCGGGGAUCCCCGAGGUCCCUCCGAGAGCCCCUCAGGAACCUCCGGGAGUCUCCGCGGCUUCUCCGGGGACCUUCCAGGAGCCUCCGGGAGCCUCCGGGGCCCGGCCCGGCGCCGCCGCCAUGUCGGACUCCGGGCAGAGCCCCGCCCCCGGCGCGCGGCGCCGCUGCUGGAACCGCGAGAAGGAACCGGAAGGAGGCGGCGAGAGGAGGGAGCAGGGGGAGGAGCCAGCGGGGCCCCUGCAGAAGACCCCGAUCAUCCUGGCCAAGCCCCCGGCCGAGCGGCAGCAGCCACCGCCGGCCGCCCCUAAGGCGGGGCCAGCGCAAGCCCCGCCCCCUCCCGCGCCGGCCCCGCCCAUCGUGCUGAUGAAAGCGCGGGGGGAGGAGGGGCGGGGAGGGGGCGGGGCCUCGGCGACGGCGGGGGAGGGACCGCAGCAGGCCCCGCCCACCGAGAGGGAGGGGCCACGCCCCACCCAGCCUGUCUAUCAACUGCACAGCCGGGGCCUGGCCCCGCCCGCUGCGCUGGACCCCGCGCAGGCCCAGGCCCGGCUGGCGGCGCCCGAGAAGAUGAAAACCAGUAUCAAACUGGUGGACGAGCAGAUGAACUGGUGCGACAGCGCCCUCGAGUUCCUGCUGGAGCAGACGGACGUGCUGGUGGUGGGAGCGCUGGGGCUGCAGGGAACCGGGAAAUCCACGGUGAUGUCGCUGCUGGCCGGGAACCAGCCCGAGGAGGAUCCGCGCUCGUUCGUGUUCCGGCCGCAGCCGCCGGAGCUCCGCGAGCGCGGGGGGGCCCAGACCGGCGGCAUCGACCUCUUCGUCACGCAGGAGCGCGUGCUCUUCCUGGACACCCAGCCCAUCCUUAGCCCCGCCCACCUGGAUCACCUGAUCAACAACGACCGGAAGCUUCCGCCCGAGUUCGCGCUGCCGCACGCCUACGUGGAGACGCAGUCGCUGCAGAUCGCCGCGUUCCUGUUCACCGUGUGCCACGUGGUGCUGCUGGUGCAGGACUGGUUCACCGACCUGGGGCUCUACAGGUUCCUGCAGACGGCCGAGAUGGUGAAGCCGCCGACGCCGUCGCCGAGCCACGACUCGAGCGGGGCCGGGGCCGAGGAGCCCUCGGAGUAUUACCCACACCUGGUGUUCGUGCAGACCCGCGCCCCCCCCGAGUGUUUCUGCCCCCGGCGCGUGGGGCAGAUGCAGCGCGUGCUCGGCCGCCUGAUGGCGCACUCGCGCCUCAAGUACCGCGGCUCGCUGUCCAUGCGGGAGCUCCUCCCCUCCCCCCCCGGGGCGCCCCCCGGGCCCCCCCCCGAGCCCGAGGUCAAUCUGUUCCUGCUGCCCCCCCUGGAGGAGGAGCCCGAGGACGCCCUGCCCCGAGGUGGGGGAGGGGCGCUGUUCCCGGCCCUGCCCCCGUUCCGGGGCCGGGGGGGGCUGGGGGGGCUCCUGGCCCGGCUGCGGGGGAGGGUCCUGGCGGCCGCCCGCUCCCAGUUAUCCCACAGCCUGCUGACCGAGCGCAACUGGUUCCAUUACGCCGCCCGCAUCUGGGACGGGGUGAAGAAAUCCUCGGCCCUGGCCGAGUACGGCCGCUUACUGGGCUGAACUGGGAGCACUGGGAGGCUCCCCCCGCGCCAAUAAACCGCCAAAACCGC